AUGGCGGAAACAUCGAUGCGCAACGAACAUAGUAGCGCGACUCAGCACUCGCAAGGACUGGAUGAUGGAAAUUCAUCAAUUCACGACGAGACUGUCAAACGGGAAGCACCUGAACCACCGAAUGGAGGAGUUAAAGCCUAUCUGAAGAUUUUUGGUGGCUUUCUCGUCCUCUUUAUAACCCUCGGGGUAGCCUCAACGUUCGGUUCAUACCAGGCAUACUAUGAAUCCGAUCUCCUUAGCUCGCAUUCCUCAUCAACUAUCUCCUGGAUCGGAACGACACAAGUGUUUUUGCAAAGUUUUGCAGGAUUAUUCUCCGGCGCAUUUUACGAUGCCGGCUAUGCUACAACCUCCCUCGCCAUUGGUAUGCCACUGCUGGUGCUUGGCCAGAUGAUGUUGAGUUUGUCUCGCGUGUAUUGGCACAUAAUGCUGUCUCAAGGCUUGUGUAUUGGCAUUGGAAGUGGCCUCAUCUACGUCCCAGCCGUCUCCAUUGUGGCAAGUCAGUUCACGACGAAACGAACGAUCGCACUUGGGUUCACGGCAACUGGAUCCGCUGUCGGAGGCAUAAUUCUACCCAUCAUGUUUCGUAAACUUCUACCAAUGGUUGGAUUCGGCUGGACCAAUCGAGCAAUUGGACUUGUUACUCUGAUUCUUGCCUCAACGGCCUUUAUCCUGUUAACAGAUAUUUCUUGGUCGUCUCUCUUCCACUUCCGUAACCAGGACAUGGCGUCCGUCGAGGUAGAGGAAAAAGAGCCAACUACCUCUGAUCAACCAUCUCCCUUUCGGUUCACCCGGAAAUGCAUGGCAGAUCUACUUGCAAAUCUCGGCGGUCGCUCAUAUCUCUUUCUUUGCAUGGGCGUCUUCUUCGUCUUUCUCGGAUUCUGGGUUCCCUAUUUUUACAUCGUCCCAUUCGCUUCGCGCUCCCUCAAGACUUCCUCCGAAUACUCUUUCUAUCUCCUAUCGAUCCUCAAUGCCGGCAGUAUCCUAGGCCGAGUGCUACCCACCUUUCUGGACCGCAUCAUUGGAUCGGCUGCGAUAUUGUUAGGCGGUGCUACAAUACUGAGUGCGAUCAUUUUCGCCUGGCUCGGAGUGCACGACAUACCUGGAAUUACUCUGUGGUGCUUUUUUGUCGGAUUCGCGUCGGGAAUCGUGGUGUCCAUCCCCAACGCCGUGGCAUCCCGUUUGUCGGAGCCUUGCAACGUGGGAUUGCGGAUCGGAUUCAUGUGGACUGCUGGUGCCUUUGCUGAGUUGAUCGGUGCUCCUAUAGCUGGUGCUUUGGUGCAGACAACAGGUCCGGAGAAAGAGAAUGUCAACUACUUCGGCGGACAAGUUUUCGGCGGUGCGAGUAUUGCUUUGGGCGCUGUGCUGCUAAUUGUGCCUGCUUGGUCGACUUUCAAAGAGGAUAGAGCAAAGAUGAAGAAAUCGACUGAAGCCAGCUGA